UUCUUCAUCGUCAUUUGUUCGUCGCCAUUGUUCUUUCGUCGUCGUUGCUGUCGUUGAAAAUCAUCGAACGAAAAAAUAAAAGUUACAGCAUUCAAUUGCAAUAUUUCUUAAUAGAAAACAAAUUGUUAAAAGGCAAGGAAAAGUCCAAAAUAUUAAACAUGAGAUACAGCAGUGGAAAGUGUGGCUCGGCUGAAGAAAAAAAUCAUUUGAUUAGCGCAGUAGAAGAAAAAAAACAACAGCUCGAAUUCGUCUACGAGCAGAAUAUUUGAAAACGUUUUAGGUUUUCCCGAAAAAGCAGCUAUGAAUCCAGAAUAUGAUUACUUGUUCAAAUUAUUGCUUAUCGGCGACUCGGGCGUAGGGAAAUCGUGCCUUCUCUUGCGAUUUGCCGACGACACAUAUACAGAGAGCUAUAUUAGCACAAUCGGAGUGGAUUUCAAAAUUAGAACCAUAGAAUUGGACGGAAAAACUAUAAAGUUGCAAAUCUGGGAUACCGCUGGACAGGAGCGCUUCCGUACAAUCACUUCAUCGUACUAUCGUGGUGCUCACGGUAUUAUUGUCGUCUACGAUUGCACAGACCAAGAGUCUUUUAACAACGUAAAACAAUGGUUAGAGGAAAUCGAACGAUAUGCUUGCGAAAAUGUGAACAAGUUGUUGGUAGGCAACAAGUGUGAUUUGACUACGAAGAAAGUCGUCGAUACAACAACAGCUGCGGAAUAUGCAAACCAAUUAGGCAUUCCAUUCCUUGAAACAUCAGCCAAAAAUGCAACGAACGUUGAGCAAGCUUUCUUGACGAUGGCUGCCGAGAUAAAGAAUCGUGUUGGGCCGCCUUCAAGUGCCACUGAGAACGCCAGUAAAGUUAAAAUCGAUCAAGGACGUCCAGUGGAAAACACCAAAUCCGGUUGCUGCUGAAUAACUUCGAUUGUGAAAGCAUAUACACACAUUAUUUUAUUAUACUAAAAACAAAAAAUUGAAAAUAAAAAAAAUCACAACAAAGAUGGUGAUGAUAAAGAAGCAAAGGAUUAUGCUGUAGUAAUAAUGAUGAUAAUCUAUGGUAACGAUAAUGACACGCAUGUUAAGGGAACACAAUUUAUGUUGAUAACAACAGAGCAACAACAACAAUGAUUCAUAAGAUAUAAAAAAUCAAAUUUUUUUAAAUACAUACUUAACAAGAAAGAGUAAUGUUAUGACGGCGAACCUAUAAAAAAAA